AUGGAAUAUGCAGAUUCUGAAAGUUCAGGUCUACGAAGCCAUCCAGACUACGAAAAUUUAGAUAGGAAUAAUAAAUUAAGUGUACAAAUGAAAUCCUUCAGCGAUAAAGCCCAAGCUCAACCACAAUUACAAUUAUCUAAAAGUUCAUUAAAGAAAGAAGAAGUAGUAUUCACGAUCGAAACAUUAGUCGAAUCUCUAAAUGAAGCCAAAUGA